CAGGAGCUGCUGGCGUGAGUGGCUUCAAAGUUUCUUGGGUAUGACGCCGCACCUGCCCAUCGAGCAGUCGCCGGAAGCUGGAGACAAGCUAUAGACGGUAGUCAGGAACGGAUCAGGAGCCGCAUCGAUUGCCACCUGCUUUUUCUGAUUCACAUGUGCUUGCCUGUCGUGUCUUCUUGGGUGUAAACAUCACCUUCACCCGCAUCUUUGGUUCUUCUGUCUGCCCUUCGCUGUCUACUCUCCCGUUUCUUUUUACCCUUCGAGCUUGUAUCUAGUUGCAGAAGAUCAUUGCAAGCAUUGUGUCGACCACUUCCCCUCCAGCACUAGCCGACUACACCGCCACCUAUCCAUCCUCACGACCCAUCGCCACUGUGCUGCAGCCUUGCACCGCAUACCAUUCCUCAUACGCAAUCGCCCACUAGACUGCUAGACUACAUUCCAUCUCCCUGCAAGAGGCCAUCACCAUGGUUCUCGUGGGUGGGAAGCAAGAGGUUCCCAGCGCGGAAGAGCAGCGGUUGAAGGAGGACAAGGACAGAGUCAAGUACUGGAAACACUUCGGCCCUUACGUCGCCGAGAGACAAUGGGCUACGGUGCGAGAAGACUACUCCCACGAUGGAGAUGCGUGGAGUCACUUCACCUACGACAUGGCCCGCAGUCGAGCCUUUCGCUGGGGUGAGGAUGGCAUUGCUGGCGUCUCGGACACUCACGGCCGCUUGAACAUUGCCUUUGCUUUCUGGAACGAGAAAGACGGCCACCUCAAAGAGCGUCUCUUCGGUCUCUCCAACCCCCAGGGUGUUCACGGCGAGAGCAUCAAAGAGUGCCACUUCCACCUUGACAACACCCCCACCCACUCCUACAUGAAGUAUCUCUACAAGCUUCCGCAGAAAGAGUUCCCCUACGAAGACAUCAUCAAGGAGAAUCAGAGGAGGUCAAAGAAGGACAGGGAAUACGGGCUCGUUGACACCGGCAUCUUCAAUGACAACCGGUACUGGGACUGCUUCAUUGAAACGGCCAAAGAGAAGGACAACCCGGAUGAGCUGCUCUUCCGUGUCACGUGCUACAACAGAGGUCCCGAUCCCGCCAAGAUCCACAUUCUGCCUCACGUCUGGUUCCGCAACACCUGGGCGUGGGGUCGCGAUGACUACAAGCCCAACAUCAAGCAGGACGGCCCGCUGCAGACUCACAUCUCCCAUCGCGACCUUGGCGACCGCUACGCUCAAUUCUCUCCUUCCCCGAACAGCUGUGGGCGCGACGACGAUGUUGAGCCCGAGUUUCUCUUCACCGACAACGAUUCCAAUCUCGUCGACCUUUGGGGCUCCAAAAAGAAUCCCACUCCCUACGUCAAAGACGCCUUCCACAAGCGGGUCGUCAAGGGUGACAAAAAAGCCGUUAAUCCGGACAAGACCGGCACGAAGAGCGCGGCGUGGUAUGCGUUCAACCAGGGUCAGGGUGUGCCACCGGGAGAGUGUGCCGUCGUCCGAUUCCGAGUGUCCACGAAGCAUGCCGACUCGUACCUCGACGAAGAGGAGUUUGACGAUGUCAUGGACCAGCGCCUGGCAGAGGCCGAUGAGUUCUACUUCAAGAUCAACCCCAUGCCCAUGUCGGACGACCUGCGCAACAUCCAACGUCAAGCCUUUUCUGGCAUGAUGUGGUGCAAACAAUACUACCAUUUCAUCUGGGAUCAGUGGGCGAACGGCGACCCCGGCAGCCCUCCGCCACCGCCGGAGAGAAAGUCGGUGCGCAACUCCCAGUGGAAGCACAUGCACCUCGACGACGUCCUGUCCAUGCCUGACUCGUGGGAGUACCCGUUCUUCGCCGCCUGGGAUACCGCCUUCCAUUGCAUCCCCAUCGCCAUCAUCGACCCCGAAUACGCCAAGAAGCAACUCGACCUCUUCACUCGUGAGUGGUACAUGCAUCCUAACGGGCAGCUGCCAGCCUAUGAAUGGAACUUCUCCGACGUCAACCCUCCCGUACAUGCUUGGUCGGUGUUCCGCACGUUCAAGAUUGAACGCAAAAUGUACGGCCGCGAAGAUUUGGACUUCCUGGAGCGCGUCUUCCAGAAGCUGCUGAUGAACUUCACGUGGUGGUGCAAUCGCAAGGAUUACGAGGGCAAGAAUGUGUUCGAGGGCGGCUUCCUCGGUCUCGACAACAUUGGUCUUUUCAAUCGAUCUGACCCUCUCCCCACUGGUGGCACCCUUGAGCAAGCCGAUGCGACGGGAUGGAUGGCAUUCUACUGCCUGAGCAUGCUCAACAUCUCCCUGGAGCUGGCCAAACAUCGCCGAAUCUACGAGGACAUUGCCUCGAAGUUCUUUGAGCACUUCAUCCUCAUCUCGGAUGCUAUGCAAUACCGAUUGGGCUCCGAAGCAAAGUCUCUGUGGAACGACGAAGACGGCUUCUACUACGACGCAAUCACGUGGGGCGGAUCGCAUGCACACCAGAUGCACGUCCGGUCCAUGGUCGGCCUCAUCCCGAUGUACGCCACUCUCACCCUCGAACCACAGGUGCUUAAGAGCUUCCCGAAGUUCCGGAGGCACGUCGAUUGGGUGAUCAAGAACAAGAAGGAGGUUGUGGAGCGCAACAUUGCCAGCAUAGACCGCCGAGGCAAGGAUCAGCGCCUGCUGCUCUCUCUUGUCAAUGAAGACCGUCUGCGAUCGAUUCUGAAGUACAUGCUCGACGAGUCGGAGUUCCUCGCACCCAACGGCAUCCGGUCCCUGUCGAAGUUCCAUCAGAAACACCCUGUGUCCAUGGACGUGAAGGGACAGAACUACUCCGUUGGCUACGUUCCUGGCGACUCCGACAGCGGCCUGUUCGGUGGCAACAGCAACUGGCGCGGGCCUAUCUGGCUCGCGGUCAACUUCCUGCUCAUCGAAUCGCUGCUGCGCUUCUACAUGUUCUACGGCAACACUUUCAAGGUCGAGUGUCCGACGGGCUCUGGAGACUACAUGCAUCUCGGCCAUGUUGCGGAAGAGAUUCAGCACCGGCUGCAGCAUCUGAUGACCUACGAUGAGCAAGGCCGGCGAGCGAUGCACGAUGGCAACAAGAUGCUCAACAAUGAUCCGCACUGGAGGGACUACAUGUGGUUCUACGAAUUCUUCGACGGCGAUACUGGACGUGGUCUUGGUGCGAGCCAUCAGACUGGCUGGACGGGCCUUAUGGCCAAGAUGAUUCAUGACACGGGCGUCAACUGCCGACUGCCUCAGACACCCCGCAGUCCAUCCGCCGCAGCAUCCCACUACUUCGACGACACCUUCCUCCGUCAACGUCGCGCUUCCCUUGCCGGCCGUAGGCCGAGCGGAAUCAAGCGGAGUGUGACUCGCAGACGCUCCAUCGGCAACCGCAGCGAGACUGGCCGCAGCGACGUCACCAACGGCACGACCGGCGAAGCCGAGGACGAUAACACCAACACUAACGGCGACACCGGCGGCGACGGCCGCUCCUGGACCAUCUACAACGAAGACGACCCGAAGAAGGGCGUGCCCGACGACCCCGAUGAUCCCAUCAACCGGUAUGUGCAGGAGCAGCUCAAGCGCAUCAGGUCCAACGAGGCGCCGGAGUAUUCGGAGGAACUGUCUGCGCAGACGGAUGGGGCGGAUGAUGAUGAGGGUACUGGGCCGGUUGAUGCUUCGCUUGAUGAUGAGUUGUAAAGCUGGGCGUGGGCUGAGUGGGUUUGGGGCCUAUUGUUGUUCUUCCUAGUUGCGGCAUGAUGCUUGAUGAGGGUGUUGGGAUGGGUAUUCGCAUGGAAAGGGCUUCCUGGUAGAAUGCAUUAAUUUCCUGGGUGGGAGAGUCCUAAAAUGGAGCAUAUUUCUCUCUCCAAAUGUUCACUUCCAGGUCAUUUCAUCUUCGUUGUCGGUGGACUUGCGCCUCAGGCAGAAAGGCAGAUCAUCGGCCAUCUCCGACACGUCGGAGACCGCACCUCGUCUAGAACGUCCACCUCCAAUA